CACCAGCUUUCAGUCAAACUGCACCGGGCUGAUCAUCAGAGAGGAGCAGCGGGGUCAGCCUCUUAACUUUGGACUAACACCGGACAACAUCAUGCGAGAGGGACCUUCUGCUGCUUUUUUGGCACUUUUAUUUUAUUUCUCCUCUCUGGAGCCAACUGUGGUGCUCGCCUUCAACCUUGAUACCAGUCAUGUCAUCAGGAAAGACGGGGAACCGGGGAGUCUGUUCGGGUUCUCUCUCGCCAUGCACCGGCAGCUCAACCCGGAUCAACGGAUGCUCUUGAUUGGUGCACCGAGAGCUACAGCUUUGGGAAAACAGACAGCCAACAUCACCGGAGGACUUUAUAAAUGUGACAUCACCCAGAACAAUGACUGUGAGCGCAUUGUAUUUGAUAAUGAAGAGAAUGUUCGAGUUGAGAAUAAGGAGAAUCAGUGGAUGGGAGUGACGGUUAAGAGUCAGGGACCUGGAGGAAAGAUUGUGACCUGUGCUCAUCGCUAUCAGAGGCGUUUGUUUGUGAACACCCCUCAGGAGUCCCAUGACAUCACAGGGCGCUGUUACGUCCUGAGUCAGGACCUGACCAUCGACACGUCCUCUGAUGAGGACGGAGGAAACUGGAACUUCUGUGAAGGCAGAGCCAGAGGCCAUGAGAUGUUUGGAUCUUGCCAGCAGGGUUUGGCUGCCACCUUCACCAAGGAUUAUCAUUAUGUGGUGUUUGGAGCACCAGGAGCUUACAACUGGAAAGGUAUUGUACGAGUGGAGCAGAAGAACAACACUUUGCUGGAGAUGGGGAUUUAUGAUGACGGCCCGUAUGAGGUUGGAGAUGAGCAUCUCCUGAACCCUGAGCUGGUUCCUCUACCUGCUAACAGCUAUCUAGGAUUCGCCCUCGACUCGGGACACAAAAUCAUGAGAAGUCACGGCCUGACAGUGGUUGCGGGAGCUCCCAGAGCCAAUCACAGUGGAGCUGUGGUCUUUUUGAGAAAAGAAAAUGAAGCCUCAGGCAGACUUUUAGUGGCGCACACCCUGCACGGACCAGGACUUGCAUCCUCCUUUGGAUACGACUUGGCUGUAGUUGAUCUGAAUGGUGAUGGAUGGCAAGACAUAGUGGUGGGAGCGCCUCAGUUUUACAUGAAGGACAGAGACAUUGGAGGAGCUGUUUACGUUUACAUCAACCAGGCAGGAAGGUGGGAAAGAGUCACUCCUGUCCGUCUUAACGGGACCAAAGACUCCAUGUUUGGACUGGCAGUGGAGAACAUUGGAAACAUCAAUCAAGACUCAUAUGAAGACGUUGCUGUUGGAGCUCCACAUGAUGAUGGCGGGGCAGGAAAAGUCUACAUUUAUCAUGGCUCUGCUCAAGGAAUCAAAACCACACCUGCACAGAUCCUUUCAGGAAAGCAGCACAACAUGAAGCUCUUUGGAUAUUCUCUGGCUGGGAACAUGGACUUGGACAGUAAUUCUUAUCCAGAUGUGGCUGUAGGCUCUCUGUCGGACUCUGCUCUAAUCUACAGGGCACGGCCAGUCGUCAGCAUCAGGAGACAUGUCAAAAUAUCUCCACAGGAAAUUGACCUCUCAAUAAAAAACUGUGGAAACAGCAUUUGCUUCACUGUAGAGGCAUGCUUCACCUACACAGCAAACCCUGCAUCUUACAACCCAAGACUAAUGAUCAGCUACUCAGUGGAGGCGGAUGGAGAGUGCAGGAAACAGGGGCUUCCCUCCAGAGUGACGUUCCAGAACAAAUCCCGCACAGAAGCAGAACACCAGUUUAAUGGAACCAUAGAGCUCCGAGGGCAAAAACAGGAAAUGUGCACGAAGAAAACAGCCAGACUGAAGGACAAUAUAAAGGACAAGAUGAGAAGCAUUCCUAUCGAGGUGUCUGCAGAAAUCGUGGGCACUAAAAGAAGACAGGCAAAGAACAGCCUCCCUCCGCUCAUGCCCAUACUAGACUCCUCUCAGCCCAGUAAAGACAUCAUACAGGUGAACUUUGUAAAAGAGGGGUGUGGGAGGGAUCACGUCUGCCGGAGUAACCUGAAGAUGGAGUACAAACUCUACUACAAACAAAACAACCUGGACAUGGACUCCCCGUUACCCAUGAGGAACAACGUCCCUGUGUUUUAUCUGAACUAUGAGAGGAAGGAUUUAGCUCUGCGAGUGACCGUCAACAACAUGAACGGAGAUGAUGCUUAUGAGGCAAAGGUGGUGGGGACUUUCCCAGAAACACUGUCGUAUUCAGGAGUCCGCUCACAAACAACGGUGGAUAAGCCGAUCAUCUGCACAGCCAAUCAGAAUGGCUCUCAAGCUGACUGUGAGCUGGGGAAUCCUUUUAAACGUGACUCCCAGACUACAUUUUACAUCAUCCUGAGCACGGUGGGCAUGACUCUUGACACCACAGAGAUGAACUUUGUCCUUCAUCUGCAGACGACGAGUGUGCAAAAAAGUAUUGCCCCAGUUAAAGUAAAGGCUAAAGUCAUGAUUGAAUUGCCUCUUUCUGUCAGUGGAGAAGCCAGACCGAAUCAGGUUACAUUUGGAGGUGUUGUUAAAGGGGAGAGUGCCAUGAGGACAGAAGAAGAGAUUGGAAGUUUGAUCAAUUAUACGUUCAGAAUAAAUAACUUGUGGAAGACUUUGACACCUUCUGUCAAAGCCUCACUUCACAUUCAGUGGCCCAAAUAUAACAAAGAUGGGAAAUGGCUUCUUUACCUGGUGAAAAUCACCUCGACAGGACCACAGGAAGUCCUUUGCUCUCCACAGUCUGAAAUCAGCUCUCUCAAGCACAUAAAGGAGUCCUCCGCUUCAAGGACAAAACGUGAAAUUGCAGAAAGAAAAGCUGUUGGAAAAAUGUCUUUCCUGUCUGGCAAAAGUAAAACUCUGACAUGCAACAGUGAGAUCAAAUGUGUGGUGCUACAGUGCCCCCUUGAGGGCCUGGACGGUACUGUGGUUGAACUUAGAUCUCGUCUCUGGAACUCAACAUUUAUUGAGGACUACGCCUCUCUCUCACACUUGAGCAUUCUUGUGAAGGCCUCGCUCAUCCUUCAUACUGAGGCUAAAAACAUGAUCCUACGAACUCCUGACACUGCUGUGACGGUGACAGUGUCUCCAGACAGUGAAGUAGCGCAGCACAGUGGAGUUCCCUGGUGGAUCAUUCUGGUGGCUGUUCUGGCAGGAAUACUGAUUUUAGCUCUGUUGGUGUUUCUGCUGUGGAAGUGUGGUUUCUUCAAGAGAGCAUCAAAAGAGGAAUUCGAUGCUACGUAUCACAAGGCAGAGAUCCAUGUUCAGCCUUCUGACAAAGACAAACUCACUGCUGACGCCUGAUUUAUACUCUGACCAGGGUGUGGAUUCUUCCAACGCUCCAAACAAGACGACAGCGUUCCUCGCUAUUACGCCGUGCGAAUCAAAAAAGAAACUCCAGAGUGUAUAGAUGGAAAAGUCAAACUGGAUCCUUUUGAUAAAAAGCAGUGGAUGACUUCUUGGACCGAUAAUGAAAGUUACUCAUGACCUGCUUUCCCUUCAAUUGUUUUUCAGAAAACAAACAGUUUGAAGCCACAAACACACUGACCUUUAAAUAAUUAGCAAACAUGACUGUGAUUUCAGAAAUACGCCGGCUUCCUGUAUUUUUUACACUGUAUAGAUGUUGAAAUGUUUACGUAUUUUUGUAUAUACUGAAAUACUUUUGCACACUGUAUAUUUAUUUGAUAAAAUACUUCAGCAGCCAAAGACUUUUUUUCAAUCGUAUGUCUGACUCUCAAAGUUUACUGUUGUUUUUAAACAGAGCUGUACUGUUAAAAUCCAAUCCUGAAAUCUAUGCAAGAGAGGUACAGCUAGCUCAGAUGAAUGUAAAUCACUCGUUAUGUUCCAGGUGUUUGAUGCUUCUUGUUUCAGAAAGGUUCAGCUUUGAGCCUCUUUGGAAUGAUUUUAGGUACAUCAUCAUUUCUCAAUAAUUAAGCUGUAAAAAUAAGCACAGCUUUUGUUUGUUUUCUUUUCUCUUGAAGCUGCACUGUAGUGGCACUCAGGUAGCAUCGACUGUACAGUAGCUCAUCACUGAAAAUAACUCUGUUCUGUGUGACGAGUCCAAAGGGAAGAUUUGGAAAGCAACAAUGUGUGUUUUAUAGAAGAAGAAAAAGUGAAUGUCUUGUUUAAUUGUCAAAUAUAAAACAAAUGCUUUAAA